AUGGUGACUCUAGACUGUGUGAUUAUGCGCGGUGUGCCACAGCUGGACGCUAGAGGCGGGUGCUGCCCUGUGAUCAGAGUGUUUGGGCGCGAUCCUGGCCUGCCGGAGAACCGAGACUCGGGGCUGCUGUUUCUGAGCGCGAGGCAUGGCGUGAAUCGAGCCAAGUACUACCUGCAGGUGAGGCAAGGGGUAAAGAGAUCUGCUGAGUGCUACCUGCAGGUGAGGCAAGGGGUAAAGAGAUCUGCUGAGUGCUACCUGCAGGUGAGGCAAGGGGUAAAGAGAUCUGCUGAGUGCUACCUGCAGGUAAAGGGAAGCGGAGGUGGUGAAGAUGGAUAUGACGGCGGUGGUGCAGGGCAGGGCGAUGUGGUGAUCGAGUGUGUGCAUGUGGGUCAACUCACAAGUUCCCCGCACACACCACCUCCCUCCCCACCCACCCUGCCCCCCUUGCGCUCCCCCUUCCAAACAGCCAGAGGGAGGGAAGCGGAGGUGGUGAAGAUGGAUGUGACGGCGGUGGUGCAGGCCGAUGUGAUGAUCGAGUGCGUGCAUGUGGACAUGGAGUGGGGAGGCGCCGAGCAGAUGGUCGACUCGACCGAAUGGACCCCCUCCUCAACCGCUCCCCUCCUCACUGCUCCCCUCCCCUUUUUUCCCUUUUUACAACCAGAGGGAAGCGGAGGUGGUGAAGAUGGAUGUGAUGGCAGUGGUGCAGGGGGGAACGUGGUGAUAGAGUGCGUGCAUAUCCUUCUGACGGACCGGGAGUCCAAGGUGCGGAGGAAGGUUGGGUCGGAGAUGGUGUUGCCGCCUGGGUUGUUGUUUGCGGAGCAGACUUAUACGGAGGAGGAGGGGCUGACGAGGAGAGAGAGGGCGAGUGGCGGGGGAUUUGAAGAUGCUUUGGUUGGAUUAGCGAAUGGGCCGUCGCUGUAUUGGAAUGAGUGGGAUCCGGAGCUGAAUCCCUGUCUGGGGAAGCUUUUAAGGAGGAUGUCGAAACGGGUGCCGGGGUUUAAGUUGCCCGAGAUGGGUUUGCUGGGGCAGAAGGGACUGGAGAAGGGGGAGGAUGAGAAGAAGGAAGAGGAGAAGGAGGAAAAGAAGGAGGAGAAGGAGGAGGAGAAGGAAGAGGAGAAGGAGGAGAAAAAGGAGGAGAAGAAGGAGAAGAAGGAGGAGGAGAAGGAAGAGGAGGAUGAGGAGGAAAAGGCGGCUGCUGCAGCUGCUGCUGCUGCUGAGGCUGCAGCAGAGAGGAAGAAACAGGAGAAGCUGAGGAAGGCUGAAGAGAGGCGGAUGGAGGCUGAGAGGAGGAGGUUAGAGGAGGAGGAAGAGGAGAGGAGGGAGGAGGAGAGGUGGAAGGAGAAGAGAGAGGAGGAGGCAGGAGGAGAGGGCAGCUAG